AAUGAGCGUCACUACUUUCUUUAGUUUCUCACUUUCAUGGCACGUGAGAAGUCUGCCGCGGUUUUUGGGAUAUCUUUUUCAGAUUCUUUUGUUUGUUCUGUUUUGAUUGUGAAUUUUGGCAUUGAAUUGAGUUGUUCAAUAAAAAUUUAUUUUAAACAUAUCCAGCGUUAAAGUUCAGACCCACUCUGGCUGAUGUGAAUGCCACUGAAAAGGAUCGAUACGAUGCGACUGAUACGAUGCGAUUCUAAGUUCUGACACUUACCAUUGUGGUCACUGGAUGAAAUUCGACUCGGCUGGGCCGCUGGAGCCGGAAGAAAUCAUGCCUGCCCAUCAAAAGACUUUACUUUCAUUUUUCCAGUCUGUUCCGAAACCUGAAGGCACUCCGAAUUUGGCUGGGCCCGCGGUUGUAGUGGUUCCGCAGCAGGCACCAAAGCGUAGUGUUGGGUCUGAUUUGGACAAUCCAGCGGUAUCGAAGAAGUUGAAAAGCGAUUGCGAUGUUGAGUCAUCGGCUAAUGCAACUGAUGCGAAAGUUACUCCCGUCAUCAGUGAAGACCCACAAAAACGAGCGCAUCAGAAUUUUCUGAAAGCCAAGUUGAUACAGCACUGCCGCAGACUGCCCCUGUUGACGCCAAAAUUUGGCCUUACAUGGUUCGAAGCUCUGGAAAAGGAAUUCUCGAAAGAUUACUUUUUGAAACUCUCCGAAUUUGUAACAAAAGAGCGCCAAAACGGCACCGUAUUUCCACCAGCUGAUCAGGUUUUCUCUUGGACCGAACAUUUUCCUAUUCAGGAUACCAAAGUUGUGAUUCUGGGACAAGACCCAUAUCAUGGCGUGCGUCAAGCUCAUGGUCUGUGCUUCAGCGUUCAAAAAGGAGUACCUCCUCCUCCCAGCCUUGUUAACAUCUACAAGGAACUGUCCACUGAUAUUCCCGCAUUCUGUGCGCCAUCUCAUGGCAAUUUGACGGGUUGGGCUCAACAAGGAGUGCUUUUGUUGAAUGCUGUCUUGACGGUGCGAUCAGGAAACGCGAACAGCCACAAAGACAAAGGAUGGGAAGUUUUUACGGACGCAGUUAUUGAGUGGCUUAAUUUGAAUCUGUCUGGGGUGGUCUUCGUGCUUUGGGGACGAUAUGCUCAAGCAAAAUGUGGAAAAUUGGAUAAGAAGCGACAUUGCGUACUGAUGGCAGCACAUCCUUCGCCAUUGUCGGUCACCAAGUUUCUUGGAUGCAAGCAUUUUUCGGCUGCAAAUGAUUUCUUGAAUAAGAAAGGAAAAAAACCAAUUAACUGGGCACAUCUUCAGGAAGAAUAAGCUUUCCUAGCCACGAAUGGAGUGGAACGUUCGUGUUAAGAUGUUGUUAUAUGUACUUCGAUACUUCUACAUAAUAGACUCGUCAGUGAGAGUGUUUUAUCUCGUGCGGGAAAUUGAAGGAUUUGCCAUUACUUAUAGUAGCACUGAUUUUGUUUAAAGAUUUUUCAUGAUUGUUGUAUUUUAUGGACCAGAAUCUUGAAUUCAUUGUUGGUUUGCGCUGCCAGAUAAAAGGACUAUAAAAUUGGCGGUCUGGUUUGAA